AUGCCUGUCUUGACCACGCUGCGCCAGAGCCCGACAUACCUCUAUGUCAAGGUCUACUGCGUCUGUGCCCUUGUGACACUGUUCCAGGCGGCUCCCGUGACGUCUCGUAUCCCGCGCAUCGGGCAGAAGCUCCAACUCAAUCAGUAUCGAAUCAUACGUACGAGGCUUGGACCGCGCAUCGUUCCGGUAGAAGAAGCUAGCUCCCUUCCGGUUGCCGCAAUCGCAGCUCAGCAAGAUGCAAGCAGCAUCUCGGCCAACGAGCUGGUCAUUUCCAGCGACGUACUCGGAUCGACCGAACCGGAGUCUCUGGCCAAUAAGCUUUUGAAGCGAUGGUCACAACGUGCCAGGGAUCUCGCUCACGUCAAGCAGCUCCUGCGUGCAGAUGGCGAGGACGUAAAGGCGUACCCCGAGCUCGACUGGGAUGCCACCGUUAGGCGGUCCUCGGCCCUUCACCCCGAAGAGGCCAGAUUUCUGGCCAAACGCCAGCAGCGGAUUUCGUCACAGGGAGAGGAUAGCCUGAAGCACUUGCUCGGACUUCCCGAGAGCGAAGAUGUGCAUCCUCUCGACGUGCCCCUGGUGGCCUUGGGUGGCUCAGGCGGCGGGUACCGCGCCAUGUAUGGCUUUGCCGGCUUCAUCGCUGCAGCCAAACGAGCGGGCCUGUGGGACUGCCUCUCGUGGGCCGGAGGUGUAAGUGGAAGCUGCUGGACUCUGGCCGCCUACUACACCAUCGCCUACCAAAAUGCAGACCGGCUGGUGCGCCACUAUCUGACGGUGGCUAGCGAGCUUGCGCACCCGAUGAGCGUGCACGCACUCGACACCGUGGCGCGCAGCAGUCGUGGCGUGUACUUUCUGCUCGGCCCGCUGAUCCGCAAAGCUCAGGCUGGAAUCGUUGGUCUCGGCAUCAUGGACCUGUAUGCCACACUCACCACGACCUACCAGUUCCUCUCUCGGGAACCGCGCGCACGGCUGAGCCGAGCCAGCUUCCAGUUCUCCAGAGUCUGGUCGCGCUCUGGCGUCAGCACGGCCGCCGAGCCGAUGCCCAUAUUCACGGCUGUCCGUGUGGCGCCUCAAGAUGCGCCAGGCGUUCGUCCGCACACCGACUCUUCGCUCAGCAAGGGCCAGCCUCCGAAGCGCGCGCUCACCCAGCACCAGUCGGCGGCUUCCCAGGCGCUUGCUGACAAUCAGACACAUAGGCCAUCGCCGGAGCCUCCGCGUGAUGUUGGAGCGCAAGCAUCAACGGACGACCGUACCGAUGUCUAUGCGCUUCCUGCGGCAAAGGGUUACUUCCAGUGGUUUGAGGCGACUCCGCUCGAGGUCGGAAGUGCCGAUGCGCAGGGCUACAUCCCGACGUGGGCGUGGGGACGGCCAUUUGUCUCGGGUCGUUCGCUCGAACGCAGGCCCGAAGAGUCGCUCUCGCUCCUGCUGGGUCAGUGCACCAGUGCGCCCGCCGGACCACUGACAGGCUACAUCUCAGCGCUGCUGGCGUCUUUGCCAAAGGGCACGCUCAUGUCGCGACUGCUGCACUUUCUCAACAACUUUGUCCGCAUGAAGCGGUGGGAGCGCCGCUGGGGCAAUCCCAUCCGCGCCGGCGACGAACCGAACCCUUUCUACGGCCUCAACGUUGCCCCCGUCCCCAAAGCGCUGGAGAGCAACAUCCAGCGGCCCCGGAUCAUCGGCAUUGGAAUCGACAUUCUGCAUCUGCCUCGGCUCGAGGCGCUCUUGCGCAGGCGGCAGACACAUCAACGUCUCCCCAAAUCCUUGACUGCAACGGAGGCAGACGCUGAAUCGACCGCCAUGCACAGACUAGCCAAACGCAUACUGUGCGAGUCCGAAAUGGACGAAUACGAGCAGCUGGCGCGGCAGGAGCGCGAAGCGGCCGAAGUCGUCCCACAACUCCGGAGGUACCUUUCCGUGCGAUGGGCCGCCAAGGAGGCGGCCUACAAGGCUCUCUACCCGCGCUUCGUGCUUUCUUGGAAGGACCUGUGCGUGCACAAGCCUGGUUCGGCCCGCACGACGUCGGGACCUAUCGAUGCGGUCGACCUAUCGCGCCUCGAACAGCAGGGUUUCCGCACCAGGAAGCCCGAGCUCACGCUUUCCGACGAGUGGCGCUCCAAGCAUCCCGGUGUGACUGCUGUUCCACACUUGCAUCUCAGCCUGUCGCAUGACGGCGAAUACGUCGUCGCCAAUGUGCUCGCUGAGGAAGCUGGCGGCUCGAAUGACGCCCAGACAAUACGUCCGGCGAGCAUUUUUCCGCGCAAAGACGUCGACGAGUGGCGUGAUCUUCAAGUGAGGCUUCCCGCAUCUUCGGCGAGCGGAUCUGCGGAUCUGGACCACCUCGAGGACGGCGCAGCGGAGGAAUUGGGGAUGGCCCCCUCCGCUAUCGCCGACUGCCGCGACGCAGAGGUGAAGCCUGAGACCUCGGACGCAUUUGCGUCGUGGGAGUCACAGGGACGCAUUCGGCUCAUGGACGCCGGCAUGUCGAACAAUCUGCCGAACCACAUCCUUGCGCGACGCGAGCGCGGCGCGGACAUCAUCAUCGCCUUCGACGCCUCGUCGGACGUGCAGGCGGGCUCGGCGAUGCGGCGCAUCCACAACUUUGCCGACGACUGCAACGUGGUGCUCACCGACGAGACGCACCAGUUCGAUCGCACCGUGCCCGCAUCUCUUCAAGGCGAGACUGCUCGUGCGCUCGAGGCGCGCUUCAUCGAGCAGUACGCACGCGUCCUGCGCGGCACGCGCAGCGACAGUUCGGCCUUCUGGCUGGUCUACUGUCCUCUACUUCCGAACCCGACCAAUCCCGGCUACGACCCGAGUACAGCGCCGUUCAGCAACUCGUACAACCUCGUCUGGACACCCGCCCAGGUCGAGACGCUGCUCAAGACCGCACAGGCCAAUGUGGAGCUGUAUGCGCUCGAGCGCAUCAAGCAGGUCAUGCGACGCGUGUACCACGACAAGAAAGCCGCCCGCCUCGCAGCCGCCGCUUCCCAACAAACUGCAUAA